ACCAUGGCUUGUGUAUCCAUAACAUUCAGGGACGUGGCCAUAGACUUCUCUCGUCAGGAGUGGGAAUAUCUCAACCUGGUCCAGAGAACCCUGUACCGGGAGGUGAUGAUGGAAAACUAUGGUAACUUGGUCUCACUGGGACAUUCCUUGUCUAAGCCAGAUAUAAUUACCUUAUUGGAACAAGGAAAAGAGCCCUGGAUGGUUGUGAGGGAAGAAACAAGAAGAGAGUAUACAGGAAUUCAUAAGGGAGAGAAAUUAUAUGACUGUAAAGAAUGUCCAAAGGUCUUUAGUCAUCUUACAGAACUCACAGAACAUCAAAAUAUUCAUAGUGGUGAGCAACUCAAUCACCAUGAAGAGUUCAAGAAGGCGUUUAGCCACCUUAACGACCUUAGAGAACAUGAGAAAAUCCAUACUGGUGAAAAACCUUAUGAAUGUGAAGAAUGUGGGAGGGCCUUUAGUCAUCCUGCAAACCUUGCUCAACAUAGAAAAGUUCAUGUUGAGAAACCCUAUGAAUGCAAAGAGUGUGGGCAAGCUUUUAGGAGUAGCCAUCAACUUACUAUACAUCAUAGAUUUCAUUAUGGUGAGAAGCCAUAUGAAUGUAAGGAAUGUGGAAAGGCAUUUAGUGUAUAUGGACGACUUAGUCGACAUCAGAGUAUUCACACCGGCGAGAAACCCUUUGAAUGUAACAAAUGUGGGAAGUCUUUUAGGCUUAAAUCAGGUCUUGAAGUACAUCAGAGGAUUCAUACAGGUGAGAAGCCCUACGAAUGUAAGGACUGUGGGAAGGCCUUUCGUCAGUUUUCACAUCUCAUAUGUCAUAAAAGAAUUCAUACUGGAGAAAAACCCUACAAAUGUAAGGAAUGUGGGAAGACGUUUAAGUGUAAGUAUCAACUUACCAUACAUCAGAGAAUUUACACUGGCGAGAAACCCCAAGAAUGUAAAGAGUAUGGUGAGGCUUUUAGUAGUAACCAUCAACUUACCACACAUCAUACAUUUGAUAGUGUUGAAAAACCGUAUGAAUGUAAGGAAUGUGGGAAGGUCUUUAGUGUGGCUGGACGACUUACUCGACAUCAGAGUAUUCAUAAUGGUAAGAGACGCUUUGAAUGUAACAAAUGCGGGAAGUCCUUUACGCUCAAUUCAUCCCUUAAAAUCCAUCAGUAUAUUCAUACUGGCGAGAGACCCUAUGAAUGUAAGGAAUGUGGGAAGGCUUUUGGGCAGCGAGCACACCUUGCACGUCAUAAAAGAAUUCAUGUUGGUUUCAAAUCCUUCAAAUGCGAAGAAUGCGGGAAGUCUUUUCCUUGUGCCUCAUAUCUUAUUAGACAUGAGAAAAUUCAUACUGGAGAGAAACCCUAUGUAUGUCAAGAGUGUGGGAAAGCUUUUAUUUAUAGCCAUAAACUUACUAUACAUCGUAGAGUUCACACUGGUGAGAAACCUUAUGAAUGUAAGGAAUGUGGGAAGGCCUUUAGUGUGUCUGGACAACUUACUCAGCAUGAGAGUAUUCAUAGUGGAAAGAAACCCUUUGAAUGCAACAAAUGUGGGAAGUCCUUUAGGCUCAUUUCAAUACUUAGAGUUCAUCAGAACACUCACAGUGAUGAGAAACCCUAUGAAUGUAAGGAAUGUGGGAAGGCCUUUCGUCAUGCCAGAAGCCUCAUAUAUCAUGACCAAAUUCACACUGGUCAGUAGUCCUGUGAACGUAACAAGUGUGGGGAGACCUUUAGUCAUGCCUCAUGUCUUGUUAUUCAUGAGAGGAUUCACAGCCAUGAUAAACCCUAAGAAUCUGGGAGGGCAUUUCUUUGUUCUUGUUAUUUUGUUGGACAUGAGAAAAUUCAUGCUGGUAGAAAUCCUUAUGUGUGUCAAGAGUGUGGGAAAGAUUUUAAUGGCCAUGACCUUAGUAUACAUUAUAGAGUUCAUGCUUGCGAGAAACCCUUUGAAUGUAAGAAAUGCACAAGGUCCCUUAGGCGUUCCAUCCUUGAAAUACAUCAGAAAGUUCAUACUGGAUGGAGACUUUGUGGCAUAUAUACAUGA